CCGGCCAUCUUGUGUCGCGGAGGAGGAGAAGAGCACCAGAUAUGGCUGACUACAGCAGCGUGGCGCCCCCGUCCUCUAACAACGGCGCUGGAAUGAACGACGCGUUUAAAGACGCUCUUCAGAGAGCACGACAGAUCGCAGCGAAGAUUGGUGGCGAUGGCGUUGCGGCACCCCCGACUAACGAAUUCGGCUACGGGGGCCAGAAAAGGCCCCUGGAGGACGCUGGUGGGUAUUUUCCCAUGCCUAACCUGAAUAUCGACCAACCAGAGACGAAGAAAGUGGCUACAAAUGACGCCUUUUCAGCAAUGGGAGGAAUGGGUGGUCCCCCAAGGUCAAUAUCAGAGGAAUUCAAGGUUCCAGAUGGAAUGGUCGGAUUCAUUAUUGGAAGAGGAGGAGAACAAAUAUCACGUCUUCAGCAAGAGUCUGGAUGUAAGAUACAGAUUGCGCCUGACAGUGGAGGAAUGCCAGACAGGUCGGUGACAUUAACAGGAGGACCAGAAUCAAUCCAGGCUGCAAAGAGGCUACUAACAGAGAUUGUUGAUAAGGGGCGUCCAGCUCCAGCAUUCAACCACAACGACGGCCCGGGAAUGACUGUCCAGGAGAUUAUGGUCCCUGCCUCGAAAGCCGGACUUGUCAUUGGGAAGGGUGGAGAAACCAUCAAAAGCCUUCAGGAAAGAGCUGGUGUGAAGAUGGUCAUGAUCCAAGAUGGACCCCAAAACACAGGUGCUGACAAGCCACUCCGAAUUUCAGGAGAGCCCUUUAAAGUUCAGCAAGCCAAAGAGAUGGUUAUGGAGCUGAUCAGAGAUCAAGGCUUCAGGGAGCAGAGGGGCGAGUAUGGUUCACGAGUUGGAGGUGGAGGAGGCGGCAACGGCGGAGGUGGCGGCAACGGUGGCAAUGGAGGAGGUGGCGGCGGCAACGGCGGAGGGGGGGGAGACAGCUUAGAUGUUCCUGUACCCCGGUUUGCAGUUGGAAUAGUUAUUGGCAGAAAUGGAGAGAUGAUCAAGAAAAUACAGAAUGACACAGGCGUCAGAAUUCAGUUUAAACCAGAUGACGGCAGCACACCAGAAAGGAUAGCACAGAUCAUGGGUCCCCCUGACCAAGCACAGCACGCGGCAGAAAUCAUUUCCGAUCUGCUGCGGAGUGUCCAGGCCGGCGGGCCUCCAGGACAUGGUGGUGGUGGUGGCGGCGGUGGAGGCGGCAGAGGCCGUGGUCGCGGGCAGGGGAACUGGAACAUGGGCCCCCCUGGUGGACUGCAGGAGUUUACCUUCACUGUCCCAACCAUGAAGACUGGCCUCAUCAUUGGAAAAGGCGGUGAGACAAUCAAGGGAAUCAGCCAACAGUCUGGAGCCCGGAUUGAGCUGCAGAGGAAUCCUCCACCCAACGCUGAUCCCAAUAUCAAAAUGUUCACAGUUCGGGGCUCCCCUCAACAGAUCGACUAUGCCAGGCAGCUGGUGGAGGAGAAAAUUGGGGGACCCGUCACUCCGAUGGGUGGCCCACACGGAGGUCCAGGUCCACACGGAGGUCCAGGUCCACAUGGUCCCCCUGGACCACCUGGGCCCCCCGGGGCUCCCAUGGGUCCAUACAACCCUGGACCAUACAACCAGGGACCUCCAGGACCACAUGGUCCACCGGCACCGUACCAGCCUCAGGGAUGGGGCAAUGGCUACCCACACUGGCAACAGGGACAACCUGAUCCAAAUAAACAAGCAGCCGAUGCCAACGCAGCAGCGUGGGCAGCCUACUACGCUCAGUACAGCCAGCAGCCGCAGGCUCCAAUGACCCCGACAAGUGGAGCUCCUGGCACGACUCAGAGCAACGGCCAAGGUGACCCACAGGCUGCAGGUCAGAGUGGACAGGCAGAUUACUCCGAGGCCUGGGAGGAAUAUUACAAGAAAACGGGUCAACAGAGUCAACAACCUCAGGACUACACGAAAGCCUGGGAGGAGUAUUACAAGAAACAAGGUCAAGCGGCCCCUCAGGCCACAGCAGCAUCAGCUGUUGCGUCCCAGCCUGGCGGCCAGCCAGACUACAGCGCUGCCUGGGCGGAGUACUACCGCCAGCAGGCUGCUUACUACGGCACAGCCAACCCUCAGGCAAUGGGUGCAGCACCACAAGCCCCUCAGGUUUUACAGGACCCCAGUGACUGAAGCAGCUUCACACACUUAACCAAAACUAUUUCCUCCCUAAAAAGGUUUUUAGCUUUUUAUUUUGGGAAGCUGAGUCAACUGAUUCUGCUGUUAACAUGCAAUGUAUCUUCUAUGUAUUUCUUCUGCACAGGGCCAGUAAUGUGAAGUGGACAUAAAGUAAAUGCUACAUUGUCGAAACAAAAUCCUUUGUUAAAUGUUUGGAUGCAGACGCCUUGAUGAAGAUCUUAAAUUUCCUUGGUUUGAAAGUGUUUCACAUAGAUGGCAGAUUACCCGGCGAACACGUCCUUUUUUUUGUUGUUGUUUUUGUUGUAAAUGCUUUGUUUUUAGUGAGGUAAUUAUACAUAUGGUCAUUCCAGCCCUGUAUCUACAUUAAAUGUGGUUAGAACUCAUGUUUAUUAAACUGUAGACAUUACCAUGUAAAUCAUCUCAGUUUUAAAAUGCUAUUUCCUGUUGUGUUUUUGCAAUAAAACAAACUGAAACCUCCUGUGUUGGUAAGUUGGGGUGGUUUUAAACCAAAAGGGUUAAGAGGAAUCUCUGUAUGUUUUCUUUUUACGGGGAAAAAGUAAAAACGCAAGCUGUGUGGGUUUAAUUGUCCAAAACUGGUUAACUCAAAGUUGUGCUGUCCUGUCUCUCUCCAACUGUCUAUAAGGCUUUUAGAUAUGUUUUGUGCGUGCAAUGAUCCCGAGUGAUUCAGACAAACAUACGUCCUUGUUGAUAGACAUUUAUUCAAACUUCUGUUUCCUGACUUUACUCUCUGACUUCAGCCGUAGACAGACCGUUUGUUCAUAAGAAAGUCGGCAGGUAUUCAUGUACCGUAAUUCAUGCAUUAACUGCGUUGCUGUGGUACACCUCUCUAUAAUUUUGUCUGGUUUGAUGACAUUGUUGAGGUAGUAUGCACUGUAUUGCCUUGAUAUAGACACUUCCUCCUCCACAGGCAAGUUUAGAAAAGCGGUAAGCAAGUAUCUUUUCUAACAUGUUCCCUCAGAAACGUGGUUGCAAGAAAUGUUGCAUAUUUUUAGUGUUAUAUAUAUAAAUAUAUAUAUUUUUUUGUGCUGUUCUUUUUCCAGGACAGUCAGGUAAAUUGCCGUUGUAUCGAAAAUGCAUUGAAACGUUUGUCUUGCCCAUUUCAAAGUGCGAACUAACUCACAUGUAUAUAAAUUUGUGUUUUUAAAAAAAGAAUGUUUUUUUAAUAUAAAAACAUUGCAAAAAU